AUGAAAAGCACGGCAGUUGUAGGCGCCCUGCCGAAGGCGAGUAGUGAUCGGGCAACCUCGUCAUCGGAGGCGUGGUCUCCAUCAGCAAGAAAGUCAUGGGAGCGGUCGGAAGUUCAGGCAUUGUUCGACCAGCCAUUGCUGGAGCUUGUAUUCCAGGCUGCAUCCGUGCACCGCAUGCACCAUGAUGCGCGAAAAAUCCAGCUAUGUACGUUGAUGAACAUCAAAGAGGGUGGGUGCUCGGAAGACUGCGCGUAUUGCUCGCAAAGCAGCCGCUACGAGACCCAUUCACAUGCGUCGAAGCUGGAAGACCUCGAGAAUGUACUGGAAGAAGCUCGGCGCGCCAAGGCCAAUGGAAGCACGCGCUUUUGCAUGGGGGCAGCAUGGCGAGAGAUCGGCGGCCGCAAACGUGGCUUCAACCGCAUUCUCGAUAUGGUGCGAGAAAUCCGUGGGAUGGGGAUGGAAGUGUGCACGACGCUGGGAAUGCUAACGGCGGAGCAAGCGCAACAGUUAAAGGAAGCCGGUUUGUCUGCCUACAACCACAAUCUUGACACAAGUCGCGAGUACUAUGGUAAGGUGAUUACUUCACGGACAUAUGACGACCGUCUGCAGACCAUUGCGCAUGUGCGGGAUGCGGGCAUUUCUGUAUGCUCUGGCGGCAUUCUAGGUCUGGGUGAGGAUGAGUCGGACCGAGUUGGUCUCAUUUGGGAGAUGAGCAGAUUGCCAGAGGCACCGGAGAGUUUUCCCGUGAAUGCGCUUGUAGCGAUUCCUGGCACUCCUAUGGAAGGUCAGCCGCCUGUCCAAUUCCAAGAGAUGCUGCGCACCGUGGCCACGGCGCGUAUUGUGCUGCCGACCUCCAUUGUGCGCAUUGCAGCAGGACGUCAGAUGUUCACCGAAUCGGAACAAGCUAUGCUGUUUUUGGCUGGCGCGAAUGCGAUCUUCACGGGACACCGUAUGCUGACGACGCCAACAUCUUCAUGGGAUCAGGACCGAGCAAUGCUAGAGCGUUGGGGCCUGUCACCUAUGAAAAGUUUUGAGACGCCACGCAUGGCUGCUGACGAGCUCGCGCACGCUUCACGUGAUACGUCAUCGUUCACCAAGCCAUGUGGAUCGUCGGCAGGAUCAUGUGGAUGUGCGAGUUCGGCGUCGACUCAGACAGCAUCGGAGACACACCCUGCACCUGCGACGUCUUCUGCUGAAGCUGCUUAA